AUGGUUAGCGUGCCAGUUGUGACAGAACAAUCGAAGAAAGAUUUCAAUUUCCCAAAGGUUGAACUUCAUCUCCAUCUUGACGGAUCGAUACGCUUCUCCACACUACUCGAGCUUUCUUUGGCACAUGGUACACCAUUAAAGGGUGCAAAGACGGUCGAUGAACUGAAAAAAGUGCUGAUCACCCAUGAGCCGGCGAAUCUCUCAAAGGUCUUGGAAGCAUUCGAUCUGUUCCUUCCUAUCGUUCGCGGAGACAAAGCUGCCAUCGAGCGGAUCGCAUAUGAGAUGUGCGAAGACCAAGCGGCCAAUGGAGUUAUCUAUUUCGAAGGCCGAUACUCACCUCACUUACUUUGCCUCCCAGGUGGAGAGUUGACCCCAGUUGGAGUAGUUGAGGCCGUGAAACGGGGUUUCGAUCGCGGUGAAGCCAAAUUUGGUGUGAAAGCCAGAUCGAUUGUCUGCUGUAUUCGUGGCCUUGACCAGUACGCCGAUGACGUUCUGCAGAUUGCAACAGACUGCCGUCAUCUCGGUGUUGUCGCAAUUGACGUCGCCGGUUCGGCUCACGGCGCAGACGAGCAAUACGAAGCAAAAGUUGUACAUAUUUUCCAGGAAGCUUACAAACGAGGAAUUCAUCGUACGGUACAUGCAGGAGAAAGUGGUGGUGCCAAGGAAGUGCUCAGGGCUAUAAAUGAUAUGCAUGCGGAUCGAAUUGGUCAUGGUUAUCGUGUGAUGAGGGAUCCUGAGAUGUACAGAAAGUACUUCGUAGAUGACCAUCGAAUUCAUCUAGAAGCGUGUCCGUAUUCAUCAAUAAUGACUGGAGCGGUUCCUCUGGAUUGGAAGAAUCACCCCAUUGCAAAAUGGGCCAAAGACAAGGUGAACUACUCGAUUUCACGUGAUGAUCCGACUUGCUUCGACAAUACGAUGUUAAGUGAACUACAACUUGUACGAGACGAAAUCGGCCUCACCCCUUAUCAACUCUGGCAAUGCCGAACUGAAUGCGGCGCGCAUUCGACGCUCUUAACGGAGGAAGCAGAACGGCCAAUCGUGAGAAGAUUCCUCGCAGGAUCUGAACCGCGCGAAUAA